AUGUAUCUCAGGACCAAGGUGCACUUGCGCUGGCGCAAGCAGACCCAAUGGCCACCUGCGCCUUCCGUGGAAGACGAGACGGUAUCCCUUUCUCGCGAACUACACGGGAUGGCCAAGUUAGGAGAAAAGCCCGGAGUAGAGGGUGUCUGCUCUCGGGGAACUAUUGACCAACAUCCAGUGAUCGUGGAUGUGCUAUCCUUCUCCUCAGUCGUUCACACGACAAUCUAUGACGACUUAGUCCGCGAGAGCGGCUCUGAUGACAACGCAGGGCCGCCAACGCCGUCAGCGGAGAUAGAACAUGACCCAAUGCUUUACAUUGUCGAGGAUGAUCAGGCUGUGCCUCUGUCGACCUCAUGGGCUUCGUCAGAUAAGAAUCGCGGGCCUCCAACUUCGCUAGCACGGCCGCAGCAAGACCGAACCCCGAGCAAGACCCUCGAUGGCCGCCCUAGCGGAGCAAGCUUUAGUGUCCAGAGGGACAGUAUGCCCAAGAGAGAUAUGGCCCAGGGAUCCCGGACUGGCUCUGUGACAUCCAAGACGCCCACCAAAGCGAUCGAAACCACGACCACGGCAUCCCCGCCUAGUUUGAAGCGAGCUGGCAGUGCGAAGCCCAGUUCAUCUGCCAAGCAGGUGACCAGGCCUCCCAUGCCGAAGCCGGGCCAUCAAUCUGAUUCGGCUGCCAUUGGGGUGAAAGGUUCCUUGACUAAGCCUCCGGCCUCACCUACAGAAAAGUCUUCCACCGGGCCUACUUUGGCUGAGAGGAUAGAGGAGAAAUUGCGCCAGAGGCAAGAACUUCGCGCAUCGCAAGAGGCCUCACAGAACAACGAUCAGAACUGUCCGCCACCUGCAGCUGCAGCUGCCCAACCGAUCGCCACCGUUGAGCAAGCAGGCAUCAAGCCAUUCUCUUCAGACAGGGCACAGUCGGUGUCCUCCCACACGCCCAGUCGACGUGCUGUGUCUUUCCUGGAUGACACGUUGCAGAGGCCUGUGUCACCCGAUGAUGACCCCGAAGAUGCUUACCAAACUGGAAAACAAGUUGGUCGACGAAGCUCUUCGCAGGGUGCCGUGCGCAGGAGUUCUCCUAAGCCCCAGUAUUUUUUGUCGCCUUGCCCUCGGUCAGUUGCUGUGGCAGGAUAUCAGGACUGGCAUACCGUGAAGGGAAUCCCUCACUUGGAUAUCUGUCCAUCCUGCAUGAAACAGAUGCGCAAGUCCCGGUUCCGAGAUCUUUUUGUCCUAGCGAGCCCCCGACCUCGCGACGAGAAGGUUCGCUGUUCCAUGAGUGAGCCAUGGACGCGCUUGGCAUGGAUGCAGACACUCAAGAAACAUCUGGACCACCUGGAUCUGCUCCUGCAGAUCACGCGGCCACCGUCAGGCAGCAAGCUUUGCCCGGGACGCACUAUCAGUGAUCAGUACUGGUACCGUGUUGUGGACCCGGACACCGACAUGUAUCUUCCACAGUUCAACGUAUGCCACUCCUGCGUUCGCAACCUGAGGACUCUGAUGCCGCGACACCGGGAGACAUUCAAACGUAGUGCCACCAAGCAGGAGAGGGCGUGUGACUUUGUGACCGACAGUGCUCGGUUCGUCCGCUAUAUCGAUUGCCUGGAUAUGGCCGCCAACCGAGCCGAGCUGGAGCAUGCGGUGCGUCCGGACAUCCGCGAGUUCCUGUCCUAUGCCCGGCGCAAGGUAGUGCUACGAGACUGCCGGCGGGACCGGCAGGUUCUCAGCACCUGGCACUACAUGCCGCAGCUGCCUGAGCUCACGGUGUGCGAGGACUGCUACGACGACGUGGUGUGGCCGCUGGUCAAGGCCAAGCUGCCGAUUGCGCGCAAGUUCUCGACCACGAUGCGGCUUCUUCCCGGGGAAGGCCCGUCGCGGUGUCGCGAGGCGAGCUGCCAGCUUUACUCGCCGCGGAUGCGGAUGAAGUUCCAGGAGGCGGUGCAGCUGGACGACCUGACGUAUCUGAAGCUGGUGGCGCUGCGACGUCGGGAGGCCGAGCAGCGGUACCGAGAUCGCCAAGCCGAGCUGCUGGAGGAUGCCAGUCGGGGGUACGAGGUUGAGAGUGAGAUGCGGAAGAACGUGGAGGAGUGGAAGCGAUGGGAGUAG